UUCUGGGACAUGUAGUCCUGUGGGCGGUGCCCUAGAGCUGGGGACUUGGGUUUUGAAAGUCAUCCCGCGGCAUUCCACUCCGGGUGGCCGCAGGCUGCGGUGCCUGGAGGCGAGUGCGGACGGACGGAUAACCAAGCGCGAGGACGAGAGGCAAGAACACGGGAGAGGACUGAGAGGGCAGGGUGUCUGCAUGCUGGGUCUUUGGACAACUCACAACAGCCUGUUUUUUCCUACUAUGUGGGUCCCAGCGAUGGAACUCGAGUUAUAAGGCUUGGCAGCAAUCGCCUUUACCAGCUGAACCAGCUAGCUGGUCCCAGAUUAAGUUUGUUCCCUGUGCCUACAAAUAGGAUCAUCACAAAUGCCGAUAACUCCAGCUCCAGGGCAUCCGACAUCACCAUAUUUCAUUCUCUCACCAUGAAGAGGAGUGUCUCAGAGGUGAAGACUAAAGCCCCAGUUAAUGAAGCCUCACCUUCACCAAGUCCUGAUCAGACAGCAAACCAGCUCUCUGAAAAGAAGCGAAGAAUUCCGAUCACGUCGUUGCCAACCUGGUACAAGCUGUUUUCCUUUGCUGCUCACCCACUGAGGGACCUGCUCUGUUCUGCUCUGCUCUGCUCUGCUCUCCUCUGCCUCCUCCUCGCCACUGGAGCUCCAACUGUUGUCUACUCUUUCAAGCACGUGGAAAGGUCUCCUGGGCACGAUGUUCUCCUAGCACUGUGCCACACUGGGAUGUCCCCAAGGCCAUGUCCAGGCCCCUCUUCCCUGUGUGUUCUAGAAGGACAUAUAUUGCUGCGGCCAUGUGAGGUGUUUGAUAGAAUGGCAUAGCUGUCCUUCCAUGUUAGUUCGUGUAUGAGCAUUCGAGGCUGGCCAAACCAGGGACCUUUGUUGCUAUUCUUCCUUAGGAAGCUGGGGAGGGUUCACCCCAGUUCAGUCCAUGAUCUGAACCAACUUGUGGGGUGUAGGAAAUGAAGGCUCUUUUCUUUAGUCCUUCUAAAAGAAAAUUGGGGGCCAGCGAGAUGACUCAGUGAGUAAGGUGUUUUCCAAUCCCACUCUAUCAGUGAGCCAUCUCUCCAGCCUCUGAUUAUUGGGCAUUUUAAAAAGCUUACGUCAUAGUUUUCUAAUGUCCCAUUAGCCAAAUCUGGGUUCGGAAUGGGAGGAAAAUGCAUAGCACACACCCCUACUUUCAUUUCUAUUGCUGUGAUAAAAUGCCGUGACAAGAAGCAACUGGAGGGAAGGUUUAUUUGGCUUAUAGUUCCAGGUCACAGACCAUUCGUAUGAGGAAGUCAAGGCAGGGACUUGAAACAUCCCAUCCCCCGUCAAGGCAGAGAAAGGAAUGUACCUACAUUGCCUGCUUGCUUAGCACUUAGCUAGAUUUCUCUCUACUCUUUUACUGUCCCAAGCCAAGACUAUGAAAUGCUGCACACCCAUGCAGAGUGCAUCUUUCCAUCCUAAUGAGCUCAAUUAUGAUACCUGCCCCCUCCCCACCCCUCACAGACCAACCUGAUCUAGACAGAUCCUCAUUGAGACUCUCUUCCUGAGUGAUUCUAGGCCUUGUCAAGUUAAUAACUAAAACAAAUGGGCACACUGAAGGCUGCAGAGAUGAUCAGCAGUUAAGACUGUUUGCUUCUCUUGCUGAGGACCUGAAUUUGAUUCCCUGCACCUAUAUUAGGCAACUCACAUUGGCCAAUGACUCCAGUUCCAUGGGAUCUGAGAUCCUCUUCUGACCUUCACAAGCACCUGCACACAUGUGACAUAAACCACACAGACACACCCAUAUACAUUAACACAUACACAUACACACACAAACACACACACAUACACACACACAAAACCAUACAUACACACAAAUGGUAUGGACCUAGUGCAAAGUGAGGAGGUACCAGGGCUAUCUCCGAAGUCUGCAACGGUGUAGAAUUCUGAAUACAGCCCAAACUCCCACCUCUUUGCAUCUACUCUCCUGGGCCAAGGGAAAGACAAGGCCUCGUAUGAGCGGUAGUGGGACUUUGGUGUUAUAGGAACCAGUGAUCUUCAAAGAUGUAGCUGUGUACUUCAGCCAGAAAGAGUGGCAGCUACUGGAGCCUGCUCAGAAGGACCUGUACAAGGAUGUGAUGCUGGAGAACUACGAGAACCUGAUCUCUGUGGAAUAUUAUAUUUUCAAGCCAAAGUUGAUCACCAGGUUGGAGCAAGGAGUUGACCUUUUUGCCAAAGAGAACGAUGUUCCUGGAGACCCCCAGCAAGGUGAGGCAGGAGUCAGCAGAAGUGACACCUCUGCAGGGAAGAAGACAGGGGAUAAUUCCACAAAGGCAGAAAUCCGGAAGCCAGACAAUUCUAAGACAACAUCACUGGAGAAGCAGAAGGCGGCAGAUCAAGGCCGUGGUUCCCAGAGUUUGAGAGCAGAAAAGACCUCAAAAAGUGAUGACAGGCCAUCUCAAAAUAAGGAGAAAUGUGCCUCAACUUCGACUACAGAAGCAAGCAAAACCAGCAUACCGGGCAAUAAGGAGAAUGAAUCUGCAAUUCCAGGCACAUCUUCGGGUCAAACAUCAGCAGCAACUACAACACCACAGAGCGCUCCUUCGGAAAAGCCGACCUCGGGGAAAGAUGUUGAGGGAAAACCACAGACCAUGAGGAGCAGUUCCACAAAUCCAAAGCGCAAGCCUGCCCGACAAGGUAAAAACCACUUUAAAUGCAAGGAAUGCGGGAAAACCUUCAACCAGACCCUCCACCUCGUGGAACAUGAGCGAAUUCACACAGGAGAGAAACCCCACAAGUGUGACACGUGCGGCAAAUCUUUCCGGCACCUCUCAUACUUCCUCACACACUACCGAAUUCACACGGGAGUGAGACCCUACAAGUGUAAGGAGUGUGGCAAAGCCUUCAACAGCAGCUCCACUCUCAACAAUCACUGCAGGAUCCACUCAGGGGAGAAACCCUUUAAAUGUGACGAGUGCGGGAAAACCUUCAAGCAGAGCACAAAGCUCACCCGUCACCAGCGGAUUCAUACCGGGGAGAAGCCCUACAAGUGUGGAGAGUGUAACAAGUGCUUCGGCCGCAGCUCAUCCCUGAGGGAGCACAAGAGGAUCCAUACCGGAGAGAAGCCGUACUGCUGUCAGGUGUGUGGGAAGACCUUCAGGGUCAACUCACAUCUUUCGGAGCAUCAGCGGCUCCAUUUAAAGGUGAAGCCGUACAAGUGUGACAAGUGCGGAAAACACUUCCGAAACAGCUCGUACUUGACGGAGCACAAGCAGAUCCAUGUGCCUGGGGCCCGAGUGGACUGCCCGGAGUGUGGGAAAGUCUUCGCUUGCAAAGUAGCCCUUCUCAAGCACCAGAAGAGACACGAGGCAAACUCCAGGUACCGGUGCAAGGGGUGUGGAAAGACUUUCAGAUGUAAGUCAAGCAUCCAAAGGCAUGAGAGGCUGCACGCUGGGGAGAAACCUUUCGUGUGCCACAAGUGUGACAAAGGUUUCACUGACAAAACUACAUUGAAUAAUCACUUGAAAAUCCACUCUGGAGAUAGGCCAGAUCCAUGCGCCCAGUGCGGGAGAACCUUUAAAAAACUGGCUACCCUGCUGAUUCACCAGAAAAAGCAUAUUAAAAAGAAGCCCACAGAUGUAUAAAAGACCUUUAAAAGCCAGAACUCACAUUUGGGUCUUUGGGACAAAGUCAAAACAAGAGAAACGAGACACACAUGAACAGUUCCUUCAUUUCUUAGUAGCUGUUUUUCAGUAAGCCAGCAGUUUUCUAGAAAUGACUGUUUUUGUAACCCUUCCCCUACUUGGAGCAUUUGUGCAAUAUAAACAAACAUUUUUGUUGUUGUUGUUACUAUUCCAACAGACAGGUACUACUAUCAACUGCAUCUGUGGAUAGAGGCAAAGGAUGAUGUCAAACAUCCUACAGUGUACUAAACAGACUCCCUUGCCUUCCAAUAACUAAGGAAGAUCUGGUUGGCAUGCAAAUUUGAGGAAUUCAGGUGGACUUUUCUCUGCCAGCCACUACAGUAACCACUAAUGAGACAUGGCCGUUUAAAUAUCAACGUUAAAUAGCAACGUGUGGUAAACACUUAAAUGUAGACACUUGGAUGAAUCAUUGACAUUCCCAGUCUUCAUUGGCUAGUGAGCCUCACUACAGCUAACAUUUUCAACACCAUGGAAGAUUCUGUUUAGAACUGAUGUGAAUGACCAAUAAUCCCUUCAUGGGGUGACUCCAAGGAAAAUAGGACACAGCUUUGUGAAACUGAAUCUAUCUGUGCUUUUUUAAAAAAAUUUUUUUAACAGCAUAAUGUAGCAUUUUGUAAGGUUUGUGAAUGUGCUGGAGCCUGUGAUGUUUGGAGCACUUUCAGAACUCCGACUGGCCAGUGCCCACCCGCAGGACUCCUACCCCUACGUUCGGUGGGUUAAAAUAAUGUCUUUGAUAACUGUGAGCAUUUGUUGAUCGCUAUCUACCUAUCAAGCAUGGUGCUGAACUCUUUAUGUGAAUUAUCAGAGCUAAUUUUUACCAUAUUCCUAUGAGAUAAGAACUGUUAUGUACCUAAUUUUCUGUUGAGAAAAUCAAGGCUUUUCUUUUAGUAUGUUCUCCUCCUCCUCCUUCUUUUCCUUCUUCUCCUUUCUCUUCUUCUUUGAUUAUUCCUAUUCUUAUUCUUCCCAAAGGACUCCUACCUUUAUUGUGCUUUGGGCAGAAUGAUCAGUAGGUAACUAACAGUAUCACUGAUGCAUUUGAGUGUUUAUUGGUGUCUUUCUACCUAUCAAAUAUGGUGCCAAAAUCAUUACAUGAACUAUAUCAGUUAAUGAAUUCUACCAAUCAUAUGAAAUAAGUAUUAUGUACCUAAUUUUCAUUUUAUUUCCUUUUAUUUCCCUUUACUUUUUGAGGCAGAGUCUCACUGUGUAGCCCAGACUAGCCUCAAACUUGUGACAUUCUCCUGCCCCGGCUUUUUCAGAGCUGGGAUGACAGGUGUGAGCCACCAUGCCCAGCUGAGCUGCUUUGUAACGAUGGGUUAUUUACAAGUUUGCACUUAAAGACUACAUUGCUAUUUUUUAUGUUGCACUCUUUCAAAUAGAUAAGAUUUAUUAUAUGUUAGCAUAAAAUAUGUUUUUAAAUGUGUGUGUGUGUGUGGGGUGUGUGUGUGUUUGUAUUUUUGUUUAAACAGCUCCUGACAACAGAAAGCAGGAGCUGGGACAGAGGUCAGUAAAUCAUGGAGUGUACAGAAUUAGGUGGAUCUAGCCACAGCUACUUGGAAGGUUUUGGUACGUACCACAGACUCAUUUAUGAAUUUAUUGCCCAAUGGUUGUUUGGAGGCAUGCAAAGUCAUCAUUGAGUUAUUGGAACAGAGGCCACACAUCUCAUGAAGCUGAAAAUAUUUUUCCUGUGAUUCUUGAUGGAAAACAUUGGUUGGCCAACUCUGAAUGCCAAAUGAGCUGGAAUGGAUUGAGAAUCCCACCUCCAUGGUGCCUAGGGCAGAUGCUUAAUGGGUCACUAAUGACAUCACUGAUAACUGUGAGCAUCUCCUUAUCAAGUGUGGUGCUGAACUCUGUAUAUGAAUUAGCAGAGCGAAUUCUCAUUGGAGUCCUAUGAGAUGAGAUCUGUUAUGUACUGAGUUUUCUGUUCAGAAAACCAAGGCUUUUCUUUAAGAGUAGCUUUCUCCCUUCUCUUCUCCUAUCCAUUAUUAUAUGUUUUAUUAUUCUUUUUAACUUACAGGACUCCUACCUCCAUUGUGCCUCGGGCAGAAUGAUCAGUAGGUAACUAACAGUAUCACUGAUUCAUUUGAGUGUUUAUUGAUGUCUUUCUACCUAUCAAAUAUGGUGCUGGAAUCUUUACAUGAGCUAUAUCAGUUAAUCAAUCCUACAAGUUCAUAUGAAAUAGGAAGUAUUAAGUACCUAAUUUUUUUUUUGAGGCAGAGUCUCACUGUAUAGCCCAGACUAGCCUCAAACGUGUGACAUUCUUCCUGCCCCAACUUUUCCAAAGUUGGGAUGACAGGUGUGAGCCACCAUGCCCAGCUGAGCUGCUUUGUAAGGAUGGGUUAUUUACAAGUUUGCACUAAAAGCAAGGACUGCAUUGCUGUUUUUAUAUUGCACUCUUUCAAAUAGAUAAGAUUUUAUUAUA